GAAAUGGCCCUAGCGAGUGGUCAUUGGAUUAAAAAGGAAAUCAGAGGAGACCCUCCCUGCCCCAGGCAUGGCCAUGCAUUGGCAGUUGCUGGAAACAUAGCAUUUGUAUUUGGAGGCUGUUCUACUGUUAAUUUGGAAGUAAGUAGACUUCCCAAAUAUUUUAAUGACUUCUACAUGCUUACAGUAAGUCCCUCGGAUCUGACCUGGGAAGUAAUACCACAAGGUGGACACAUACCAUUGUCCAGAGAAGGGCAUUCCAUGUGUGUUGUGAAAGGAAAAGUCUAUUUAUUCGGAGGCCGUUCACAUCACCUUGUUGAUGAAUCCUUACCCGGAAUGUAUCGGUUUCAUAUAGAAUCCUUGAUAUGGGAGAAGCUUCAGGUAAAUGGUAUUGCACCAAAUACAUUGAACCAUUGCGCUGCACUGAUUGGGGACAACAUAUUUGUCUUUGGUGGAAUCCAGAAAGGAGAAGUUUCUGAUGACCUUUUCAUGUUUAGCACAGUAUCACUGACCUGGACCCCAGUCAAAACUAUUGGCCCCCCUCCAGCUCCCAGAUACAACCAUGCCUCUGCUACAGUUGGAGGGCUUCUAUAUUUAUUUGGGGGAAUUGGAAUGGAGAAUUUCUAUUAUAAGGAUCUCCAUGUGCUUGAUACAGUAACUUUGACUUGGAGCCAGUGUGAGGUAAAAGGUGAAGGGCCAUGUGGCAGAGGCUCCCAUACCUUCACAUCACACCAUGAUAAGGAUAUCUAUGUGUUUGGUGGAUCUUACUGUGACCAGGAAGGCAGCAAAGUAACAUUAAAUGAUGUUGUGAAAUUGAGUCUUGCAAAAAUGAAGUGGAAGAUACCUUUGUACAUUGGUAUUUCCCCUGCCCGUAGGCAUAACCACACAGCAUUUGUUCUUCAUGGUCAUCUUUACAUUUUUGGUGGAGUCAAUGAAGAGCAAGAAUUUAAUGACACAAAGGCCAUGAAGUUAAUAAAUCCAUCUGACAGACAACCAAUAAUGAAAGAGAUUCUCUCGGAGUUUGGAAUGCAUGAAGUCAGUAAUAGGUUUUCACCCACAAGAAUCCCUAAGGUAAAAUAUGACUUGGCAGUCAGCCCGCUUCCUGCAAGAACAGACCCUCCACCACCUGUGCCAGCAUCAGAACUUCGGGAUUUGAGUUCCAUUUACAAACAGACUGUGGAGCUGAUCACCCAUGCUUUUACUAUGCUGGAUAUGGAGUUUCAAAGAUUGGAUUUUGAAAAAGGAGAACUCGCUCAAGCUAAACUUGCAUUUCACCAAGAAAAAGAGACUUACAAUAGGAAGUACAAGAAUCAGCAGGAGGAACUUCAAGGGAUGCUACAAAAACAUAAAGCUCAGAAUGAAGCCUGGCUUAAAGCUCGAGCGGAGGAAAAUGAUAGAGAAAGAAAGGACCUGUUCAAGCAAAGAGCAGAGUUGUUUCAGGAACAAAAGAAGUUGCAAGAAGAUCAGAACAGUCUUCAGAGGCGUAGUCAGCAUCUACUCUCACUAAUGCAGCAGUUUAAAGGGCCGUGA